UUUUGGCAAUUGGUAACAUUGGACCAAUGAUACUAGAUGAACAAAAGAUUUUUUGAAGAAAAAAUGAUGUCCAGUUUCCGGUUCACAGUAGUACUUAUCUAUCUGAUACCUACCAGUAUUCAGAUAAUUGAUGGUUCAUUGCACAGAAAUUGAGAUUUGGCGAGCGCAACCCAACCCACAUGGACUCUCGGCUCAAUGGCUCUGCUCGUCUCAUGCUGGUUUCAGAUCUUGAUUACACAAUGGUGGAUCAUGAUGAUCGUGGAAAUACUUCUCUUCUUCGGUUCAAUGCGCUAUGGGAAGCAUAUUAUCGCCAUGAUUCUCUGCUCGUAUUUUCAACCGGAAGAUCGCCUCUAUCUUACAAACCCUUGCGGAAUGAGAAGCCCUUGUUGACGCCCGAUAUUACUAUCAUGUCUGUUGGAACUGAGAUUAUCUACGGUGAGGGUGACGCAAUGCUACCCGAUGAUGGUUGGCAACACUAUCUCAAUCACAAUUGGGAUAGAAAUAUUGUUGUCGAGGAAACAACUAAGUUUCCUCAACUAACUCCUCAGGCGGAGGCAGAGCAACGACCUCACAAGGUUAGCUUUUAUGUAGACAAGGUUGAGGCAACUGAGAUAAUGAAUGUUCUAGCAGAACGGUUGGCGAAACGUGGGUUGGAUGUAAAGAUAAUAUAUAGCAGUGGUAUUGCUUUGGAUGUGUUACCAAAAGGUGCUGGCAAAGGGCAAGCUCUUGCAUAUCUGUUAAAGAAAUUCAAAAUUGAUGGCAAACUGCCCUGCAAUACAAUUGUUUGUGGUGACUCUGGAAAUGAUGCUGAACUCUUCACUCUUCCUGAAGUCUAUGGUGUCAUGGUUGGUAAUGCACAGGAAGAAUUGUUACACUGGUAUGCACACAACGCAAAGAGCAAUCGUCGCAUAUUGCAUGCAACUGAGAGAUGUGCAGCUGGGAUCUUACAAGGCAUUGGUAAUUUUCAUUUAGGUCCAAAUGUAUCGCCAAGAGAUAUCAAAGACUUCCAAAAAUGCAAAGUGAACAUUUUCAGCCCUGCUUAUGAAGUGGUAAAGUUCUAUCUGUUUUAUGAGAAAUGGCGACGUGCAGAGGUAGAGAAAUCAGAGCAGUAUAUGCAGAACUUAAGAUCGAUCUUUCAUUCAUUGGGUGUCUUUGUCCAUCCCUCGGGAAUGGAGCUACCUUUCCACCAGUGCAUAGAUGCAAUGGCAAGGUUGUAUGGAGAUAGGCAAGGGAAUCAAUUUUGGACCUGGGUGGAUCAAUUAACCUCAGCUCAAAUUGGCUCUGACACAUGGCUGGUGAAGUUCUACAAGUGGGAACUGAAUGAGAAUGAGCGGCAAUGCACGUUAACUACAGUGUUAAUAAAGUCACAGGUUGAGGUACCAGAUACUUUCACUUGGCUGCACAUGCAUCAGACAUGGUUGGAUGGUUUUGCAAUUGCAAAUGCAGAAAGAUGGUUGUUUUAGGUUCUGUACAAGGACUCCCUUAUGGUUCAACCCAUGUUUCCUCCAGAGUUCCAGUGCAUGCAACCAAUGAUUUGGCUGCGGAGCGCUCGGCAAGCAGUCACCAGACAAAAUAUGAACCGGGGAAGAUGGCAUACCACUGGCUACUCUAAAAUGGACCUGCAUGUUAGUUACUGCGUCUUUAAAAGGUGGGAAAUAGUGUCGUAUUCUAUGACCUGCGGGACUAUAUGUGUGUGUGGUGGGGUGUGUGUGGGAAUUUAUUGAGAGGACCUCCUUUAAUUUGAAAUUUGAGAAUGGUUAUAUUGUUAGCAUGUAGUUUAAUAAUUUAAAUCAUUCAUUCUCUAGUUACAUGUAGGCAUAUGAAUUAUACAAAAAAUUAGUCAAACUAGAAACUGUAUAACUAUUUAAUUAGCACCAUGUUCGUUCUAAUUUUAUCUAAUAGACUAUAUUUGUUUACACUUUAUCAACGACUAAAUGAUUAUGAAUUUGGCUUA